AUGACGGCCGUCGGCGAUGACGGGACGGCAAAGACUGGCGAACGUCAGAUUAGACGGAAGUACGCGCUGACGGACGUGCUGCGGACGUCUGCGGGCCUCGACUCACGUCCGCGUGGUUCAAUUCAUGCAACCAUCCUCCUCCCCUUGCAUCCCACCGGCCCCUUUCCUCCUCGCGCCCUCCCUCCGCUCCUCCUCACCAUCUACUCCCUCUCCUCCCUCGGCCUUCUCUGCCGCUGCCCGAGGCAGUACAAGCAGGACAUGGAGUCCCUGUUUCCCGGGCAGGACGUGUCCAAACUUUUAAUUCUGCCCACGCAGCAGAGGGCGCGGGUGGAUCUGGUGAACACGGGCGAGGAGGUUGAGAAGGAGAAGGAUCGCCUAUUGGAGACGUUCGCAGCGUUUGCCUCGGGACUGGUGGAGCGCCUCUCCCAGCACGGCCACUUCGCUGAUUACAUCGACCCCUGCUCCGGCCUCCCUAUGGUGAACCGCAAUAGUCAGACAUACUAUGGCGAGGUGGACGCGGCACAGACGCUGCUGGGGUAUCCCGUGGCCAACGCGGGCUGCUGCAAGGUGCUGCUGCACCCCCAAUGGGGCUCUGCUGUCUACCCUGCCACCUUCUUCACGUCCGCUCCCCUUGAUGUACUGCUGGAGGCCUUGAAACAUGUCAACUGA